AUGGUCCCACCUGGUGAUGGAACAGAUUCGGAGACAAUGGAGCUAACAUCGGGUACUGGUGCACCCCCGCAUACUACCGGACCGCUUUUCCAUAACUUUGGGUGGAAUUGUCAUUUGUUCAGGUUUGUCGCCGGAGUCAUUCGCAGGGAAAGGCUUCCGGCAUUUGAGAGACUUCUUUGGCGUGCUUGUCGUGGAAAUGUGUUCCUGCGAACUUCUGAGAUUGAUGAUGUUCUCAAUGAUACCGUUACGGGAGAACCGGUGAACAAGACGGUUUUUAUAAUAUUCUUCCAAGGUGAUCAGCUCAAGACAAAAGUCAAGAAAAUCUGUGAGGGGUAA